GGUUUAUUUUCUCAACUAAUUAAUUUACCAGUUCAUUCAUUGUUCGUUUUGCAAUUGUAUAUUGUUUGAACUUUUUAAUGUAGUUCGCUUAAUAUAUAACAAUGGAUCACGUUAUCUGUGAAUUUUUAAUUUUAUAGAAUAAUCGUAAAAGUGCAUUCAUAUUAUUACCUAUUUUCUUAUCGAAAAUACUACUUUUUUUUUCCGAUUCAACAAUUUUCAUCAGCCAUACGGAAAUUUUAUCUAUCACUCUUUUCACACGCAGCAUCGACUUCCGUUUUUGUACCUAUAUUUAUAGCACAACUUUUGUUCGAUAAAUGAUCGAUGAACCUGACUUGACCUGAUUUGAUAGCUUCAUUUUUUUGCAUUUAUCAUCAGUAUUAACUUGCCCGUGUAAACAUGUACAAGCAUAGGAUCGGCUUUGCCUUGCAACGGCACUGCAAGUUGCCUGUUUGUCUCAGAUUGAAACACGAUUCGAAUCAACCGCCAUCGGAACCGGGCAACUACUAUGAUCCCGACACUAUAAACGAAAACCCAAUGCAUAGGGUUAAAAGGUUUUUAAAAAGGGAUUUGAAUCAAUUGGUGUCAACAUUUAACGAUCCCUUCAAUCAGUAUGAAGACAGUAAAUUGUUUCCAAAGACUGUAGAUUUAUUGAUUGUCGGUGGGGGUGCAAUCGGUUCAUCGAUCGCUUAUUGGAUACAAAAUAAGGUCAGAGACGGACUUUCGAUUGUUGUCGUGGACAAAGAUUUAUCGGUAAACAAUAAUCAUAUGACUCCAGAUGAGUAUUCUAAAGCUUCGUCGGCGCUUUCGGCAGGAGGAAUUCGACAACAGUUUUCAUUGAAAGAAAAUAUACAACUAUCCAUGUACAGUGCUCAGUUUCUGCGCGAAAUCAAAACCCACUUGACCAUUCCAGAAAAUGAUCCGCCCGAAGUCAGUUUUAAUCCAUCCGGGUACUUAUAUUUGGCAUCGGAGAAAGGCGCCGAUACAAUGUUACAAAAUCACAAAGUUCAAAAGGACGCAGGAGCUAGAGUGGAACUCCUAUCACCGGAUAUUAUGAAAAAAAGAUAUCCCUGGUUGAACACCGAAGGCAUUGUACUCGGGAGCCUCGGCACAUUGAACGAAGGAUGGUUUGACUCCUGGUCAAUGUUGGAAGCAUUUAAAAAAAAAGCCAAAUCGCUCGGUACGUAUUAUGUCGAAGGGGAAGUUGUUGAUUUCGGUUUCAAAGUCGAUCCCAGCAUAGUAACUGAAAACGAUCCUAAUAAAGAAUAUGAAGGAAUUAACAGCGUAAAGGUGAAGUUACCAAACGGCGAAUUCCAACAAAUUGUGUUCGCGUUAUGCAUAAUAGCGGCCGGUGCCGACUCAGGAAAGGUUGCUCGGAUGGCAAAAGUAGGAACUGGAGAUGGAUUUUUGUCAACCCCUUUGCCUGUUGAACCACGCAAACGAUUCGUCUACUGCAUCCAUGCUCCAAAAGGGCCGUCAAUAGCACCGAUGGUCAUUGAUCCAUCUGGAUUUUAUUUUAGGCCUGAUGGAUUCGAUAACCAUUAUAUUUGUGGCAAGUCGCCAGACGAUGAGAACGAGCCAAGCACAUCAAAUCUAGACGUCGAUCAUGAAUACUUUGAAAAAGAAAUCUGGCCACUUCUCGCUCAUAGAGUGCCUGCAUUCAAUGAAGCCAAAGUAAAAAGCAGUUGGGCCGGUUAUUACGACUAUAAUUGGUAUGAUCAAAAUGCUAUCGUUGGAGCACAUCCAAGUUACUUUAAUUUGUUUCUUGCCACCGGUUUCAGCGGACACGGUAUACAACAAGCACCAGCGGUAGGAAGGGCCGUAAUGGAAAUGAUCACCGAUGGCGGCUUCAUAAAUAUUGAUCUUACGAAAUUCGGUUUCGGUCGUUUGAUCGCUGAAAAGCCAUUGUACGAAAAGAAUGUCAUUUAACGAGCAAUUUGUCAUUUACUUUGGACGGAAUGUAACUAGUUGCGGACCGUUUGAAACGUUUAAAAUUCGAUUUCACGUUGAAAUUUUUGUACAGAAAUAUCAAAAUGAACAACAUGUAAAUAGUAGCGAUAGUAAAUUCUCGAGGCAUGUGACAGGUUUCAACACCGUAUUGAUUGGCAGUGAACUGUGCCUAAAAUAAAAUCAAAAAAAAAAUUAUAAAACAUACUU